UUUUUGUUAAUUAGAAUAGAUCAAUUGGUUUUUUGAUAAAGUUUAAUGCUGAGAUACUUAUCAAUUGAGAAAUUCAGUGACUAAAUUAAAAUCAUACGAUAGUUAAAAUUGCUUUGUGACUUAUGACGAAACGUGGUAAUUAUUUUAAAAAUAAUCUUGUAUGCGAUGGACAGUACUAACGCCACCGGUCGGCGGCGAAACAAUAUAUGCGUUAAUGCCGAAGAUAACGCGCUGGAUCAAAUAACAAAAGAGGCCGAAGCACGUUUAGCAGCUCGACGUUUGGCCCGCGCUGAAGCUCGAGAGAUACGUAUGCGUGAACUAGAGCGGCAGCAAAAAGAAUUGGAACAAAGCGCAGAUCGUGCGUUUGAUAUGCAAAUCACAAGUGGAAAUGUCAUUAGCGACUCGCUCUCAGUACAUUCUGCACGCCACGCCUAUAGUGGUAUUAUUAACCUUUCACGUGCAACAGGUUCGCGACGCAGUAGCGAGGAUUCAUUAGAGGAUGAAAGUCACAGUUUGCGUGAUGUCAAACACGAACUUAAAGAAGUCGAAGAACGUUUUCGAAAAGCGAUGAUAACAAAUGCUCAACUAGACAACGAUCGCUCUUCUCAAACUUAUGAAGUAAAACUACUUAAAGAUAAAAGUGAAACAAUGCAGGAAUCUCUUGCUCAAUUGCAACGAGAAUUUAAAAACAAAGUUCGCGAUUGUAGUGCCCUGAAACGCAAUUUGGAUCGCACAACUGUAGAAUUAAACCUGGUGCAAGGUCAGCUAAGUGAGCGCGAUAAACUAAUUGAAGAACACGGUCUUGUUAUUGUUGCAAUUGAAAAUAGUGAUGGUAGUGAUGCGAAGCGCGCUCUAGUCAGCGUUGAAAAUGCCAAUAUUUUGGCAACUGUGCAGGGUUCUCUUGAUGUAAGAAUUAAAAAAUUUGCAGAGCAAAAACAGCAUCUUCUUAAUGAAAUGCAAAAGCUUCGCGAACAGUUGGAUGUUUUGAAAAGUGAAUGUAGACCUGGCCGUGGCAGUUUAUUUAGUGACUCUUUGGAGUACGAUGAUGACUAUGACGUUCAAAGAGAAUCAAAUAAAAUCAUAUCCGAUUAUAAAUAUAAACUACAAAAAGCUGAACAGGAAAUCGGUAGUCUCCAGGCAAACUUAGCCCGUUCAGAGACUCAAGUUAUACGGUAUAAAAGUACGGCUGAAGCUGCUGAAAAAUCUGAGGCUGAACUGAAAGUGGAAAGACGUAAGCUGCAACGAGAGACCUUAACGUGAUUCAAAAUGUGUGGGUGGGGCUUAUACGGAAAGUGUACUAAAGGGGAAUGCAAUACCACGGCAAUGAAACACCAACACAACUUGCUUGGAGAGCGGUAUACCUGUAUGUAGAUCUUGAAUCACUCUUUGAAGCUAUUAUCAACAAAGGAUGCAGUACUCAUUAAAUCCAUCAUCAAGUUAUAUAACAAACAGUUGCGACUAAUAUAUUGACUAGCAGUGCAUGUAAAAAAAAACUUCACCUCGUAAACCAACAUACCAUCCAGAAAAAAUAAAGAAA